CUAUGGCCUUUAUCGAACUGACGCGGAUCACUACCUUAAGCUAACACUACCAUUGUAAUCAGUUGUACGUAGCGCUAGUGUACCAUUUUAUAUAUUAAGAACAAAGCAUUGGUAUUUAUUUUGAAAAUUAUGAUUGUUAAAAUUAAUGAAGCUCAAAAAUAUAAAAAUAACAAAGACAAGAGGAAGUAUCGUGUGUAAAUAAUAGUUUAAGAAAUUAACUAAGAAGUUCACCAACCUGUUAAUUAUGUUUUUUUUUAAACCACAUUGUUUCUCAAAACUGAAAAAUGUUAUAGGUUAUGCAAACAAUCAUUAUUACAUCAAACACACAAAACUUUUACAUACGUUGGAAAUAUGUAACUAUGUUAAUUAUACAAAUAAUAGAACAUAUUUAUCUAUCAAUCUAUGCUAUACUACAGAUCAAUUCAACAAAACAAAUAUUGCACGAGGCAAACAUGAUCUUUCACACUUGUCAAUUUGUAAUAGAAGAUUCUGUACAAAAAUACUACCAAAGAAGUCUAAUGUAUUUGGAGAUCUUUCGUAUGAUGACUAUGAAAGAAUUGAAAUGGAUGAAGCAGAAAAAAGAGAAGAAAAAUUUAUGGAGAAUGUACUUCCAAAAAGACAAAGAUUCACUCAUAUACAUUACAUUAAGCUUAUUAAAAGUCAUUUACGUGAUAAAAAUUUGCAAUUGGCAUUAAAUGUAUUAACUCUAAUGAAAGAGAAUCGUGAUAAACCUGAUUUGUAUAUAUAUAGACUAUUAAUUUCUGCUUUCGCUCAGCAAGGUGAUGUCAAACAAUGUUUUAAAUUAUUUAAAAAAUUAAAGGAAAGAGGUUUUAUUCCUACUCCAACUGUGUAUAGUAGUUUAAUGCAUGCUUGUGCUGAGUCAAAGGAUACUAAAACAGCAUUAAAAUACUUGACAUUUUUACGGGAACAUUUUUAUGUAAAAAAAAUUAAUUUAACUGAUAUAAAUUAUGCAGCUUUUAUUAGAGCUUAUAAUCAACAUAAACAAACUUUAACUGCUUUUGAAAUAGCAGAUGAAGCAAAAGAUAAAGGCAUUUAUACACAGGAUAUAAUUGCUGCUUUGUUCAAUGGAGUAAUAAAUGAUACAGAAAAUGGAUUAAAGCAUUGUUUAGUUUUGUGGCAUAAGAUGAAAGUAAGCAAAGUAAAAGCAACUAUAUUUCACUACAAUCUUUUCUUAAGGGCAAUUAGAGACACAAAGUUUGGUGAUUUAAAAGUAAAUGAUAUUAUAGUACCAGAAUUAAUAAACACUAAAAUUCAAUUCAUUGAAACAGGAAAACCAGAUUUAUUAGAUUCUCCACCAGUAUUAACUAUUUCACUUAUUUCAUUACUUAAGAAGCAUAAUUAUUUUAUCUCAAAUGAAAGUUCUAAACAGCGAAGAGAGCUAGAUACAAUUGAUAAAAAUUUAUUAUUGUCCUUAAAUUUAAAUAACAUAUUACAAGAAAAUCGAUUGCUUUUAUUUGGUGGAGUUGAUAAAUUAUUGAAACGUAUGAAAGAUGAUGAUGUACAACCUGAUGUAAAGACAAUAACAUUACUCUUAGAUUUAAUUCCAUCUACAAUAGAAGCAGAAGAAGCUUUUUUUAAAUAUAUUGUUAAAAAUAAAUUACAAAUUGAUAUAAGUUUUUUUAACAUGCUUAUUAAAAGGAGAUGUUUAAGAAAGCAAUACAAAGAUGCUACAGAAGUAAUUGAUAAAAUUCAAACCUAUCAUAUGACACCAAAUGUUGUUACAUUUGGAGUAUUAGCAAUUGGAUGCAGAAUGGAAAAAGAUGGAAGAGAACUUUUAGAACAGUUAGAUACCAUUCAUUAUGCACCUAAUUAUGUGAUUUUAGGAACAUUAUUAUUUAAUGCAUGUAGUACUAGAAAUUUUUCUUACACAUUAUUUUUAAUGAGGUAUACAUUAAAGAAUCAAAUUAGACCAUCGCAAGAUAUGUUGAAUAAUUUGGAAAAAUUUGAUAGAACAAUGUUGGAAAUUGUUAGAAAUAAGGGUAAAUACAAACAUAAAGCAGUUAAUAAAAUUAUGAAAAAUUAUAAUGAUUUUAAAAUAAAAUAUGAAGAUUGGAAAACCAAAGUACAAAAUGAUAUUUUAAAAAUAUGA